AUGGAAGAGUCAUGGGAAAAUUUUAAUCUUCACAUGGAAUUGGAUUAUAACUGCGACACCAUUAACAUUGACGACGGUGAUGACUUUCUUAGAGAGAUUCUGUUAGAAACACCACAAACUGGUGAAAAUGAUUCUGUUAACUGCGAUGUUGAGGUUGUUAAUAACAUGAUAAAAAGUGACUGUUCAGAUUCUGUAGUAUCUGAACAACAAGAAGAACAUGGACAAUCAAAAAAUGUUGGUGGACCAUGUUGUUUACCAAAGACAUUCAUCUUGUCGUUUGAUAACUCAACUGUGAUACCUGCUGCUACGCCUCAACCUUGUGUCAAUUCUGAAGCUAAACGUGAUUCGAAGAAUAAACGGAGCCGUGAAAGUAAUGAAAAGAUGAAAAGAAAUGAAGAAAAAGUAGUGAAGAAAAGUAGAAGCAGAUUUCAGUGUGCUGAUCAUAUAAUCGCAGAGAGAAAACGGAGACAGGAAUUGACGGAGAGAUUCAUCGCGCUUUCGGCCACCAUUCCUGGUUUGAGCAAGACAGAUAAAGCUUCAAUACUUCGAGCAGCAAUUGAUUAUGUGAAAAAUCUUCAAGAACGUGUUCAUGAGCUAGAGAAACAAAACAACAACAUUGGUGUCACAUCAAUGAUGGUCCUCAACAAUUCUGAUGAAACAAGUACUGAUGAUGAUUAUGAUUGCAACAAAAAUACUACACCAGAGAUUGAAGCAAGAGUUAUGGGAAAGGAAGUGCUUAUUGAAAUUCAUUGUGAGAAACAAAUCGGAAUUGAGCUUAAAGUACUAAAACACGUUGAAAAUCUUGAGCUUUUUGUUACUGGUAGCAGUGUGUUGCCAUUUGGGAAAUCAGAUAUUUCCAUUACUAUUAUUGCUCGGAUGGGCGGUGGAUACAAAGUGAGAGUGGAUGAUCUUGUGAAAAGCCUUAGGCGAGUGAUUUUGAAAUCUGAGAUGGGAUGUGAAAGUGAUCUGUUCUAG